AUGUCCUCCGGCCUUACAGGUUUGGGCUUAUCCCCAAUCCCAACAGCUGUCAACCGGUUUCCAACAGAAGGUCUCUUCACGAAUAUGGCACACCUAUUCUGGAAUUUACCGGACGAUGAUAGGAUGAGGAUGUAUCCUUGGUUAAUUUGGUUCAUAUGGAAAGCCCGUAAUGAUAAGGUUUUCUCUAACGGGGAUUGGGACCCAUAUGAGAUCAUCAAUCAUGCGGCGGCAGAGGCAUCGGCAUGGGCUAGCUCAGACACGUCAGGGCGCCGUAGGGCUGCCCGGCAUACGGUGAACUCAGGUUUUCGGGGGGAUCGAUGCCAGGUAGAUGGCGCAUGGAAAGAAACGGACCCUCGAGCGGGAUUAGGAUGGUACAAUUACAAUAUGGAGACAGGGGAAGUACUCUUGGGAACAUGUAAUCUGUGGAGGGGAGUUUCUUCUCUCCAAACAGAGGUGGAGGCCCUGUUAUGGGCAAUGCAAUGUAUGUUACGUCACAACAAGCUUGUAAUGGUAUUUGAAACAGAUUGCUCCGACGUGGUACAGAUGGUUCUAAACCAGAGGAGUGGCCAGUUUUUGCGGUACUAUUGA